AGUAAGGGAGGCGCCCUUAUGUCUCCAUACGGGUGAAUGAGUGUGUGUGUAUUUAAGAACAGGGGUUGUUGCACAAGUCCCAAAAAAUAAGCAUACAGGAGUGAGUCAAAAUAGGAAAGCUGGCAUAGUUGAACUCUAAUUAGGCUACGUUUACUAUUUUUCCAAAUUGAUCUCAACUUGAACAUUGGAAAUGGAGACUCAGGUCGCAACCGGUUCCAUUGCCAACCCUGUUCAAUUUCGGGACCAGGACUAUGUAGCCCUCCUAGAUGCGUGCGUUAAAUCCGGUUCGCUGUUCUCUGACUCAACCUUCGCCCCGGACCAGAGCUCAAUCGGUAUGCCUACCGACCCGGAUCCCAAAAAGGAGAUCAAGUGGCUGCGACCCAAGGAGAUCAGUGCCAAUGCUGUGUUUGUGGAGGACACAACCUGCACCACCGAUAUCUGCCAGGGCCAGCUGGGUGACUGUUGGCUUCUGGCUGCCCUGUCCUGCCUUACCAUGCACCCCAAUCUCUUUGUCAAAGUGGUACCACCUAAUCAGAGCCUGACAGAAUCCUAUGCUGGCAUCUUCCACUUCACGUUCUGGCAGUAUGGUGAGUGGGUGGAGGUGGUAGUGGAUGACAGGCUGCCUGUACGCGGAGGCCGCCUGCUCUUCAGCUACUCCUGUACCCGCAACGAGUACUGGAGCGCCCUGGUGGAGAAAGCCUAUGCCAAGCUGAUCGGGUCAUAUGGCAGUCUGAAGGGGGGUAAUAUCUCUGAGGCGAUGGAGGACUUCACAGGGGGCAUAGCCUACUCCCUCCCUGUAUCCUCACGCACCCCCAGGAUCAUGUGGAAAGCCCUCUCUGAUGCCCUGUCCCGUGGCAGCCUGCUCAGCUGCUUCAUACAGGCUAGUAACUAUCUUGAGAUAGGCACCGUGACUGCAGAGGGACUGGUGAAGGGCCAUGCCUACGCCAUCACAGACACUGACACGGUGAAGAAGUCGGCUGGUGAGGCCUUGUUACUGAGGCUGAGGAACCCCUGGGGCUUUGUGGAGUACUCUGGACCCUGGAGUGACAAGAGUAAAGACUGGGAUGAUGUGAAUGCUGCUGAAAAGAAAAGGAUUGAGCUGAAAAAUAGUGAGGACGGAGAGUUCUGGAUCAGUGCGGAGGACUUCAGCAAGCUGUUUGGCACAGUGGAGCUGUGCAGUGUGGACCCUGACCCCAUAGUGGACGAGGACGCACCCACCGACCCCGACUCCCCUGCCGCCCCCAUCUCUUCCUGGACCCUCAGCUCCCAUAAAGGCUCCUGGGUAUCAGGCUCCACUGCAGGGGGAAGUUGUACUUACCCUCGAUCCUUCUGGAAGAAUCCCCAGUUCCAGCUUGUCCUUGCCGAGCAUGAUGACGAUCAUGCGAUGACUCCGGAGGAGAAGAAGUUGGCCGAGAAUCAGAAGGAGAAAGCGAAGCAGUGCACCGUGUUGGUGGAACUACUGCAGAAAAACCGGAGAAAGAAGGACAAAGUCAACUUCCUCCACAUCGCCUUCCACAUCUACAGGCUCCAGGGCCUGUGUCUGGACCAGAGCUUCUUCUCUUCCCAGCAGCCUGUGGGGAGUUCUGGGAAGUACCAGCCCCUGAGGGCUGUGUGGAGGGAGGUGAGGCUGGACCCGGGAAACUAUGUGAUUCUGGCUUCCACCUACAGUCCCAACCAGCCUGCGGAAUUCUUCCUCCGCGUCUAUUCCAAGACUGGCAACAAUCUGGGGACCAAAGAUUUCACCUGCUCCACUGGCUUCAUCAUGGUAAUGUCAAUGCCACCAGUGUUGCCAGAGGAUCGCAAGAGAGUACAGAAGACCUUUGAUGAGAUGGCGGGACCUGACAACAAGCUGAAUGCUAAGGAGUUCAUGAAGCUGGUUAACUCAGUUUUGGAGAAAGACUACCAGCUGCCACUGGAGACAUGCAGACAGCUCAUCUUUGGAGAGGAUACUGGGGGGCGUAGUAGUCUGACCCGAGAGCAGACAGAGCCUGUGCUGGCCUCUCUUCGCAGUCUGCAGUCCAUCUUCUUCAAGUUUGAUCAGGACUCUUCAGGGACCAUGAGCCCCUUUGAGCUUAGUCUGGCCCUCCAGGCUGCAGGGUUGCAGUGUGAUGGCCAGGUCAUACAGGUGCUGUGGGAGAGGUUUGGCUCUGGGGAGCCGAAUCUGCCUUUCCAUGGCUUUGUGGCCUGUGUCACCAGGCUGCGCAAGCUAUUCGCCCUGUAUAAAUCAGAGAGCAACCCAGAGGUCAAAGAUGUGGGAAUCAAUGCCUGGCUGCUCCGACUCCUGACCGUGUGAGUGUGCUCUGCAAACGGGGUCUCCACGUGGGCACUGCAGGGGCAUUCUGUCUGACCAGGAGCAUAUGAUAACAUCAUGCUUCUGUCGGCGUCCUCGUCCACACACACACACACACACACACACACACACACACACACACACACACACACACACACACACACACACACACACACACACACACACACACACACACACACACACACACACACACUCCCUGAACUUUGUCACCAUACUAUACACCACUGCCAUAUUGUCCUAUAGUGCUUUACAUUCAUUUACAUGGAUAGUACCUCUGGAGUUAGUGUCACUACUAAUGUAUUUGAUGUGUACACAGAUAUGAAUCUGUAAAUGUUCAUUUGUUUCAGCUAUUUCCGCAAAGUAAUUGAGUCAAGUAUUUUCAGUUUUACAGCCAAGUAUUUCUUAAAACUCCAAUAAUGAGGUGGUAUUGCCCAACAGCUGAAAUAGUGAAAAUGUAUUUGAAGCUCUGGAAAUUAAAAUGAAAAACGCAAUAAUGAAAUGUAUCUGAAAAUAAAUCUUUGCAAACAUGAA